UGGGGACCAGAGAGCUUAAACUCACUCGAUCUGGUUCUGCGUGGCUUCCGGAGACAAGAAAGAGUCCUGCUUCUGGUUCCUCGCGCUGGCCUCAUGGCUUCCAUGCAGAUGGAUCCUGAGUUAGCUAAGCAACUCUUCUUUGAAGGAGCCACUGUGAUCAUUCUGAACAUGCCCAAGGGGACAGAGUUUGGCAUUGACUACAACUCCUGGGAGGUGGGGCCCAAGUUCCGGGGUGUGAAGAUGAUCCCCCCUGGCAUCCACUUCCUCCACUAUAGCUCUGCGGACAAGGCCAAUCCCAGGGCGGUGGGCCCCCGGAUGGGCUUCUUUCUUAGCCUGAAGCAGCGGGGGCUGACAGUCCUGCGCUGGAACACAGUUCAGGAGGAGGUGGACUUGUCUCCAGCUCCGGAGGCCGAAGUAGAUGCUAUGAGAGCCAGUCUCCCGGAGCUGGACCAGUUCCUGGGACCUUACCCAUACGCUACGCUCAAGAAAUGGAUCUCACUCACCAGCUUCAUCAGUGAGGCCACCGUGGAGAAGCUGCAGCCCGAGAGCCGGCAGAUCUGCGCCUUCUCGGAUGUGCUGCCCGUGCUUCCCAUGAAGCACACCAAGGACAGGCUGCAGCAGAACCUGCCCCUCUGCGGCACCGAGUGCAAAAGCUACCAAGAGGGCUUAGCCCGGCUGCCAGAGAUGAAGCCCAGGGCUGGGACUGAGAUCCGCUUCUCGGAGUUGCCCACUCAGAUGUUCCCAGCAGGCGCCACACCGGCAGAGAUCACGAGGCACAGCAUGGACUUGAGCUAUGCCCUGGAGACUGUGCUCAGCAAACAGUUCCCUGGCAACCCCCAGGAUGUGCUUGGUGAACUCCAGUUUGCCUUUGUGUGUUUCCUGCUGGGCAAUGUGUAUGAGGCAUUUGAGCACUGGAAGCGGCUCCUGAACCUGCUGUGUCGCUCAGAAGCCACCAUGAUGAAGCACCACGCCCUGUACGUCAGCCUCAUCUCCAUCCUGUACCACCAGCUUGGUGAGAUCCCUGCCGACUUCUUUGUGGACAUCGUUUCCCAGGACAACUUCCUCACCAGCACCUUGCAGGUUUUCUUCUCUUCUGCCUGCAGUCUUGCUGUGGAUGCCACCCUGAGGAAGAAAGCAGAAAAGUUCCAAGCCCACCUGACUAAGAAGUUCCGGUGGGACUUUGCUUCAGAGCCGGAGGACUGUGCUCCGGUGGUUGUGGAGCUCCCUGAGGGCAUCGAGACCGCCUAACUGCAAGUCCCCAAGCCAUGGGAGACCCCUUCCCAC